GAAGCUGAAAUUUGAAAAAAAAGAAAGUGAAUGCAUGCUAAUUAUCAGACCAGAAGUCCCACUUAUAGAAUAUUGAGCAAUUUGUGUGAAGUGGGGAAGAUGAAAGAAGUCAGAAUUUGAAACGGAAGAAUGAAGAAAAGAAAUAAAAAUGAAGAGUCCCGUUCCGCUUCCAGAAGCGGAAGCGCUCACGGUUCCGGCAAGUCUCCAAGACACUCACCUGCCAGAUCUAGGUCCAAGGAAGGUUCAAGGCGAUCUAGGUCAAAGUCUAGAUCAAGAUCUGAAUCUCGAUCCAGAUCAAGGAGGAGUUCUCGCAGACAUUAUACAAGGUCACGCUCACGUUCUCGAUCCCAUAGGAGGUCAAGAAGCAGAUCUUACAGCCGCGACUAUCGUCGCCGACACAGUCACAGCCAUUCUCCUAUGUCUACUCGGCGGCGUCAUGUUGGCAACAGAGUAAGGCUGGGAUGGCAGCAGUUGACCAGAGAUAAUUCAGCUGUGUGUGUCUUUGGAGGUUCUAAAGUUUUCAAAUUACCCAGAAAUCAUGCAAAUCCCGACCCAAACUGUUGUCUUGGUGUGUUUGGAUUAAGCUUGUACACAACAGAAAGGGACCUGAGAGAGGUAUUCUCCAAAUAUGGCCCAAUUGCUGAUGUUUCUAUUGUAUAUGACCAGCAGUCCCGACGUUCUAGAGGAUUUGCCUUUGUGUACUUUGAAAGUGUUGAUGAUGCUAAGGAGGCGAAAGAACGUGCUAAUGGAAUGGAACUUGAUGGAAGAAGGAUCAGAGUUGAUUUCUCAAUAACAAAAAGGCCUCACACACCUACUCCUGGAAUAUACAUGGGGAGACCUACUUAUGGAAGUUCCCGACGGAGAGAUUACUAUGACAGAGGUUUUGAGAGAGGAGGCUAUGAUGACCGUGACUAUUAUAGCAGAUCAUACAGAGGAGGAGGUGGUGGCGGAGGAGGUGGUGGCGGAGGAGGAGGAGGGUGGCGAGGUGCCCAAGACAGGGAUCAGAUGUACAGGCGAAGAUCUCCAUCUCCCUAUUACAGCAGGGGGGGCUACAGAUCUCGCUCCCGGUCUCGAUCCUAUUCACCUCGUCGCUAUUGAAGUGUGAAACAAAGAACUUUGUAGCUACAGACAGUGCAUUGAGAUUGCAAUCUUGUGGACAAUACUUUGUUACUUUUGUUCAAGUCUAAUAGUGCCUAGUGAAUAGGUGACUUUUACACCUUUUAUGGAGACUACUUUUGGUGAAGUUUUAAAAUGCUGUUUCAUUCUGCAUAUUUGUGUAGUUUGUGCUUUGUUCAAAGUUAUGUUUUGAGAACAGUAUGUCUUCUGCAUGUGUUUUAGUCUGAACUUUGCAGAAGGGUUUCUAUUGUCCAAAGUUCUUCGUUCAGUUUUUGGUUUUUUUUACAGUUUCCAAGGUAUUUUGAAGAACAAAACCUGUGUAAUAUGCUUUGAAAUGGUGGCAUAAUAAAGUUUUUUUUUAACUUACUUUGAAGCCCAUAUCUCCUACUUAGCCAAAGUUUGAGUCGGAGAAAGAAUAAAACCUUUACCAAAUUCAGAGCAGUAUCCAAAAUUCUGUACCCAAACCUUUCUCAAAUACUUUCUGUAAUAUGAAGUAUGAAUAAAAAUCCACAUUGUAA